AUGGGUGAGACUACACCUACUACAGCUUCUCAGCCCGCAGAUAUCAACAAGAUACUGUCUCUCCUGAAAGCAAAAGAUGAUACGCAAAGAUUUGUAGGACUAGCACUCCUCAAGUCCAUCCUCGAUGGCUCAGAGAAGCUAAGACAAGAUGAGCAAACAGUACAGAGCUUGUGGUCAAGUCUUUCACCAAAGUUUCUCGAUCGCCUGCUGCGAACAGGUUCAAACCCUUCUACCAAGAACUCAAAAGAGAUGCUUGACUUGGUUGUGUCUGUUCUACAUAUAUUCGCCAUUCUACUCCCUGACCAAGCGACAAGCGAUGUCAAGUUCAUCAACAGAAUCCCUCUCCUCGUCAACGCAGUCCUAUAUAGCUCUGAUGAUACUACAAAGUUGAUUCUUCAGCUACUGCAUACUCUUGUCAGCUCUCAACAAGGAGCGCAAGCGUUUAUCAAGAUAGAAGACUUUAGCUCCCUCACUGAGAUCGCGCCCAAUCAUGCGCAGGUUCUCGACAUACUCUGCUUUGCAUGGCUCAACUCCAUGACUGGCGUUGAAGACCACACUGCACUAGCUAAGCAAGUUGAUGACACACUCCAAAGUCUAGUCUCGUCGUUCACCGGAACUGACGGAGUGACGCUUCUCGAGUUUCUUGGUUACUUUCUCAGACACGCCAACUCUAUCAUCCUGCCUAGACAGCCCAAAUGGCUCAAGAACGUUGUCAAUCAUAUUAGAAAACUUGUCACAAGCAGGCCAACACCAGAAGCUCGUGCAGCCUAUACUAACGCAACCGCUUCAAUACUUCAGGCCUUCCCAACUGAGGCUCGCAAACUCAUUUUCACAGACGAUAGAAAGGAAGAAAAGGCUUUCUCUUAUCUACUCAUCAACCUUCUCCUCAUUGAUAUACGAGCCUCUGCCCCUAGUCUCCUAGAACAGCUAAACAAGCCCGAGUAUCCCAAGGCAUCAACACGACUCACAUCAGCUUUCGAUGUCAUCUCCAUCUUCAUCGGAUAUCUUGUGGAAUGUCUCGAAGACGAAUCUUUGGAAACAUUUUUCAUGACCCCAGAUAAUCUCCUUCAGCUCCGUACGGGCGUCACUGAGACAAUGUCCCUCACAGCUGAAUAUCUACGUGACCGGUGGGACGCCUCCGUUGCUGGAGCCAUGGGCCUGCACCCUGAUGCACGAACUGGUACAACGGACACCUCGGCAGGAAAACACCAUACGCUGGCUUGGGACUCGAUGAAGGACAACGCUGAUGACGAUAUGCUCAUACUUUCUGCCGUGCGGACUUUGGCACUCUGGUUACGAGAGGAAGAGAAUGACACCCUACGGAAAGAAGCAACAGGAUUGACGGACAUGUUUAUGGAUCUUUACAAAUCCAGCUCACAAGACAAGCUCGACUUUAGAUCUGCAGUCCUUGUCGCCCUCGAAGGCUUGAUUGCGGUGCCUCAAGGUUGCGAACUAUUGCUCGCUAAUGAUGGUUGGACAAUACUUACUCACGAUCUCGGCUCGAUUCUUCAGCAUCCUCGAGCCUGUCGGGAGCAGGAUGCAUCGCGAGCUAUUGACAUUGUCCGUGUCCUGCUUCCGAUAGUCGAGCAAGAAACCAGUGGCGUACCUGAAAGUUGGAUGGAUCUGAUCACCUCUGUAGCUGCAUGGGACAUCCCUGAUUCCGGACUUUCACCCCUCUCUCAGGAAGCACUGGUUGCAGCUUUGCAGUUCUGCUGCGCGAUACUCGUUGAAGCCAAUUCGGGUAUGCGGCAGAGGUACCAACACUCCAUUGCUGCCAUUCAUGGUAUUGCAGCUCAGCUUGCCAAACAGGCUGGAAAAGAUGGUCCUGAGGCGGACACGCUGGAAGAUGUACUUGACACACUCGCGUCGUUGAAUCAGUAA